AUGUCUGGCACAGCUGCGGAUAUCUCACUGGUGCACUGGAGACAGCAGUGGCUGGAAAAUGGCACAUUGUACUUCCAUGUCUCCAUGAGCAGUUCUGGGCAACUGGCCCGAGCCACUGCCCCCACACUCCAGGAGCCCUCCGAGAUUGUAGAGGAGCAGAUGCACAUCCUCCACAUUUCUGUGAUGGGUGGCCUGAUCGCUCUGUUGCUGCUGCUGCUGGUGUUCACCGUGGCUCUGUACGCCCAGCGACGCUGGCAGAAACGCCGCCGAAUCCCGCAGAAGAGCGCUAGCACAGAAGCCACGCAUGAGAUCCACUACAUUCCAUCGGUGCUACUGGGUCCCCAGGCCCGGGAGAGCUUCCGCUCCUCCCGGCUGCAGGCGCACAACUCCGUCAUCGGGGUACCUAUUCGGGAGACCCCCAUCCUGGAUGAUUACGACUACGAGGAGGAAGAGGAGCCACCCCGAAGAUCCAACCACGUCUCCCGUGAGGAAGAAUUCGACAGCCAGGUGACCCACACCCUGGAUACUUUGGGCCGGGCAGGAGAGGAGAAGUUGGACUUUGAGAAGAAGGGGGGAAUCAGCUUUGGAAGAACCAAGGGGACCUCAGGUUCAGAGGCAGAUGAUGAAACCCAGCUAACUUUCUACACGGAACAGUACCGAAGUCGACGUCGCAGCAAAGGUUUACUGAAAAGCCCUGUGAACAAGACUGCCCUGACUCUGAUUGCUGUGAGCUCCUGCAUCCUGGCCAUGGUGUGUGGCACACAGAUGUCCUGUCCACUUACUGUGAAGGUGACCCUUCAUGUGCCAGAGCACUUCAUUGCAGACGGGAGCAGCUUCGUGGUGAGUGAAGGGAGCUAUCUGGACAUAUCCGACUGGCUGAACCCAGCUAAACUGUCCCUGUAUUAUCAGAUCAACGCCACCUCUCCAUGGGUGAGGGACCUCUGUGGGCAGAGGACAACCGAUGCCUGUGAACAGCUCUGUGACCCAGAAACUGGAGAAUGCAGCUGUCAUGAAGGCUUCGCCCCUGACCCUGUUCACAGACACCUGUGUGUGCGCAAUGACUGGGGCCAAAGUGAAGGACCUUGGCCUUAUACUACCCUGGAAAGGGGCUAUGAUUUGGUGACAGGAGAGCAGGCUCCUGAAAAGAUCCUCAGGUCUACUUUCAGCUUGGGCCAAGGCCUCUGGCUUCCUGUGAGCAAAAGCUUUGUGGUUCCACCGGUGGAGCUGUCCAUCAACCCCCUGGCUAGCUGCAAGACCGACGUGCUCGUCACAGAAGACCCCGCUGAUGUCAGGGAAGAAGCGAUGCUGUCCACAUACUUUGAAACCAUCAAUGACCUGCUGUCUUCCUUUGGGCCAGUCCGUGACUGCUCUCGGAACAAUGGGGGCUGCACUCGCAACUUCAAGUGUGUGUCUGAUCGCCAGGUGGACUCCUCGGGAUGUGUGUGUCCUGAGGAGCUGAGACCCAUGAAGGACGGUUCAGGCUGCUAUGAUCACUCCAAGGGUAUCGACUGCUCUGACGGCUUUAAUGGCGGCUGUGAGCAGCUGUGUCUGCAGCAGACGCUGCCUUUGUCCUAUGAUGCCAGUUCCAGCACCAUCUUCAUGUUCUGCGGCUGUGUGGAGGAGUACAAGCUGGCUCCAGAUGGGAAAUCCUGCCUAAUGCUCUCAGAUGUUUGUGAAGGCCCCAAGUGUCUCAAACCCGACUCCAAAUUCAACGACACACUCUUUGGAGAGAUGCUACAUGGUUACAACAACCGGACCCAGCAUGUGAACCAAGGGCAAGUGUUCCAGAUGACCUUCAGGGAGAACAACUUCAUCAAAGACUUUCCCCAGUUGGCUGAUGGGCUGCUGGUGAUCCCACUGCCAGUGGAAGAGCAAUGUCGGGGGGUCCUAUCUGAGCCGCUCCCAGACCUCCAGCUGCUCACUGGAGACAUCAGGUAUGAUGAAGCCAUGGGCUACCCCAUGGUGCAGCGCUGGCGGGUACGGAGCAACCUCUACCGUGUGAAGCUGAGCACCAUCACUCUCUCGGCAGGCUUCACCAAUGUUCUCAAGAUCCUGACCAAAGAGAGCAGUCGCGAUGAGUUGCUGUCCUUCAUCCAACACUACGGCUCCCACUAUAUCGCUGAGGCCCUGUAUGGCUCAGAACUCACCUGCAUCAUCCACUUCCCCAGCAAGAAGGUUCAGCAGCAGCUGUGGCUCCAGUAUCAGAAAGAGACCACAGAGCUGGGCAGCAAGAAAGAGCUCAAGUCCAUGCCCUUCAUCACCUACCUCUCAGGUCUGCUGACAGCCCAGAUGCUAUCAGAUGACCAACUUAUCUCAGGUGUGGAAAUUCGCUGCGAGGAGAAAGGCCGCUGUCCCUCUACCUGCCACCUUUGCCGCAGGCCUGGCAAGGAGCAACUGAGCCCCACACCAGUGCUGCUGGAGAUCAACCGUGUGAUACCACUCUACACCCUCAUCCAAGACAAUGGCACCAAGGAGGCCUUCAAGAGUGCCCUGAUGAGUUCCUACUGGUGCUCGGGCAAAGGGGACGUGAUUGACGACUGGUGCAGGUGUGACCUCAGUGCCUUUGAUGCCAGUGGGCUUCCCAACUGUAGCCCUCUCCCACAGCCGGUGUUGCGGCUGUCCCCAUCCGUAGAGCCCUCCAGCACUGUGGUCUCCUUGGAAUGGGUAGAUGUCCAGCCAGCUAUUGGGACCAAAGUCUCUGACUACAUCCUGCAGCACAAGAAGGUGGACGAGUACACAGACACUGACCUCUACACAGGAGAAUUCCUGAGUUUUGCUGAUGAUUUACUCUCUGGCCUGGGCACAUCUUGUGUUGCUGCUGGUCGAAGCCAUGGAGAGGUCCCUGAAGUCAAUAUCUACUCGGUCAUCUUCAAGUGCCUGGAGCCUGAUGGUCUCUACAAGUUCACUCUGUAUGCUGUGGACACACGGGGGAGGCACUCUGAGCUCAGCACAGUGACCCUGAGGACGGCCUGUCCACUAGUGGAUGACAACAAGGCAGAAGAGAUAGCUGACAAGAUCUACAAUCUGUACAAUGGGUACACAAGCGGGAAGGAGCAACAGACUGCCUACAACACGCUGAUGGAAGUCUCAGCCUCCAUGCUUUUCCGAGUCCAACACCAUUACAACUCUCACUAUGAAAAGUUUGGUGACUUUGUCUGGAGGAGUGAGGAUGAGCUAGGGCCCAGGAAGGCCCACCUGAUCCUGCGGCGGCUGGAGAGAGUGAGCAGCCACUGUUCCAGCCUCCUGCGGAGCCCCUACAUCCAGAGCCGAGUAGACACCGUGCCCUACCUUUUCUGCCGCAGUGAGGAGGUCCGGCCUGCAGGCAUGGUGUGGUACAGCAUCCUCAAGGACACCAAAAUCACAUGCGAGGAGAAGAUGGUGUCCAUGGCCCGAAACACCUAUGGGGAAUCCAAGGGCCGGUGAGGGAGGGUACUACCCUCCAUGAGCACAGAGACUCUCCGAGGGAGAGCGGUACUCUCCUGGAUCCUGGGGCCUGGGUGGGCAAGGGGCAGCUGAGGAUGGGCCUGGGAGACGAAGCUUGCCAGCAAGGCCAAAGCAAACUGUUUCUCCUGUGGAUAAAGAGGACAGAGAACUUUAUAACCAAUGGAAUUAUUCUUUUUUUUUCCUCUCUAUCUUUAUUUUUUUCUAAGAUAUUAUUUGACUCUUAUCAAAUGUCUCUCCUUUUUAAACAUUUUCUUAUGAAUGGAAGUCAGUGGGGAGGGCAGGAGCUUUCAGGUAGAGACCAAGUGGCCUUUCCUCUCCUUCCUCCCUUCUGCCACAUUCAAAUUCCUUCCGAUCAUGGACCCCUGGAGGAGACCUCUGGAGAGACAGCACCAGGAAGAAAGCCUUGAAGAUUGUUGCAGGGAGGAAGCUGGGUCUCUAAAGACUCUCUCUCUUUUCCUCUCUCUAUCUCU